GUGUAAACACGGAAGUCGCUGUAACGUUACCGGAAUCGCGUUGGCUUUCCUGACAGCGUAGGCGCUUUGUCAAACUCCUGCUCCGGUCACAGUAAUCACUGUCUGAAGCCACGAUGAAGCGCUUAACAACGCUGUUCAUUGUUGUCCUCUGCUUGUAUCAAGUUUGCUCCACUCCAGUGCCGGAUGUCGCCUCAAAAGAAAAUCCUGACGAAGGUGAGAUUACAACAGUUUCACCGAACGCAAGCGCAAAUGGGCCAAAAAGUAAUGACAUAGACACCCCAAAGAAUGAUGAUCUGAAGAACAAGGAUAAACCCCCAAAAGAAGAAAAAAAGACCACAUCUGGCAGCAAUGUAGCGGCUGUUGAAGAAAAAGACCCUUCUAAUAAUCCUGAAGAAACCAGUAAUAAUGACACAAAGGGUGGACAGAGUCAAACCCUAAAUGAAACGAAUAAAGUAGAUGAUAAAAACACCCCUCUGGAAGAUAAAGAAGAAAAAGAUAAAGACAAGUCACCCACACCUGUUCAAGGAGAUGACAAAAAGAACAACGGUGAAACUAAUAAAGGUGAUGAAGGUGCACCAAAAGAUGCACCAAAAGGAGAUGGUGAGGUUAAAGACAAGACAACCACAGCUCAACAAAAUGAAAAUGGUGAUGAAAAAGCCAACUCUAAACCUGAGGAAGAUAGUGUAGAAGAACCAAAUGAGGAUAAAACGGUUCAAGAGGAGAAUAAAGACAAUGGAGAUGAGCCAAGUGGUGAAAAAGGUGAAAAGAAGACGGCUGACCAAAAUGAAGAGAAUAACAACCCUGAAACUCCUGAAGAGGGCGAAGACGAAACAGGUGUCAAGAGUGAAGAGAAGUCACCUGGAUCUGACAUCCCCACAGAAGAAAACGAACAAAAUGGCGAAGAUGAACAAAAUGGUGAAACAUUAAACGACCCUGAGGAUGAAGAAGGUGAUGGUGAGGAUAAUGGUGAUGAGCCUUUAAAUAACCUGGAUACAUCUAAUGGCAAAGCAGAGAGGAAAAACUAUAUCGAUAAAUCUUAUGAAUCGGAGGAGAAUGCCGAGAACAGCCACUUCUUUGCCUAUCUGGUCUGCGCCGUUAUUCUGGUAGCUGUGCUGUAUAUCGCCAGUCACAACAAGCGCAAGAUUAUUGCCUUCGUUGUUGAGGGUCGGAAAUCAAGAGGUUCACGGAGACCCAAGACCUCAGAUUACCACAAACUCGAGCAGCAUUGAGCAAGUCCUGUCAGAUGAUGUAGCGGUGGAUGAAUCGAAAUAUUUGAACUGUGAUUUUAAAACUUGAAUUAUACAUACAGAGAAGUGUAUCACCACUCAUAAACAUUGCACAGCAACUGUCAUUAACUCAUUUUAAAUAACAUUAAUAAUAACAAAUUCUCAUCCGUCCACAGCAUGUCAGGAAUGUUGAAAACAAUGUCUGUUGUAGCUCUAAAAUCUUCAUUUGGGUUUGUAGUGUUACAGACACAUUCGGUACAUAGUGUAGAUGUUGAUUCUGUGGCCUCUCGUUUUAUUUAAUUACCUGGCGUUUUUGGUAGAGUUACGUGAUUGUUUUUUCUUUUCUCAAUUUAUUGCUGGGCGAAAUGUGUAAUACAGAAGGAAACGAUAUAUAUAUUUUUGAAAAGGUAUACGUUGGCUGCUUUUUCAUGAACAAUGAAUGAUGUUUUGUGGGAGAUUGGGAAUGAUUGAGUUUUGAAAUGCACCGAGGGCUGCUGUACCACUUAUUGAAGCUGAUCGCACGCAUUUACGGGACACGUGAGUUCUUUCUACAGGAGUGGCAUGCUUUUGUUCCUAUGUUAAAAAUGUUGUAAACACUAUGAAUGCAUCUUAUCUGAAUGCUAAAUCGGCUUUGAAGGGCACAACAACAAGGAUUUUAUUAGCUGGUCCAGUCAGACCAGUUGUUCAAGAUUCAUACUUGCCCUUUCACUGGCUAAACAACAAAAACGAUUAGAUCUGUCAGAAAGAAAUGGUAUUUGUAUUUUUUUGUUACAUUUAAAUUUUCUUUACCAAAAAUUACUAUGGCCCUGCUGUGUUUCUGUUCAUUGAUAAAACAUUUUUUAAAUUGCAUAUAGAGUGUUCUCCAUCUACACUGUGAGAAGUUUGUUUAAAUUUUAUUUGAAUUUGUUAGUGAGUGGUUUGGUUGUGGUUUUCUAAAUGGACUGCACCUGCAAAAAAAACAAAAACAUUACAGCCCUGAUUCUGUAAAAUUGCACUUUUCAUUCUUGUAAAAGCUUUGACUCAAGUGACUUUAAUGUUGAAAGAAGCCAUCCAGUUCUAGAGUCAAUCAACUGUUUAACUGUUGAAGAAGCCAGCAUUGUUGUUUGCAGGAGUUUGAUGCAUUCAAAGACGAUUGCUUUUGGUGUACAGUAGUAUUAUAAUUAUUCAAGCUUGAUUUGUGAAGCAAGAUUCCUGUGCCAAAUCUAGAUAAUGCCCAGAAUUGAAAACAAACGGAUAUAUAUUCAUAAUCCUAAAAAUCCUAAAAAUGGGAAAUAUUGUGGAUGUUUUAUUUGGUGUGAUGUCAAACACUGUCACACUCCUGUUGUGCCUACUGUGAUUCCCGCUGUAUUCUCUGUUAAGCCUGUGAUUGAUUAUUUGACAUGUAACCAGUGACUUUGCACAACCAUUUAUUUUGAAAUUCAGGAUCUAUUUUGAACUCUUAUGUGGGUAAAAAUAUAUAAAGGGGGUUUAACUUACCUAUUUACUGUGGUCAGACGUUUACCACUAUUGCAAGUUUUUCACAAGUGAUAUUCUUUCUAUGCUGAAAAGAAAUGGAAUAAAGGUUUGAUUUUUCCUCUGA